AUGGCCACGCUCGCUGCCGGUUGUAGCACUAGCUUGGCGGCCCCGAAUGCCGAUCAAACCGAAUUCUCUGCGGUGAACUCGAAGGAAUUGAUUGAUGCCAACAGCAAGCGAUCCCUACGAUGUUCCGAGACUAUUUUCGGCGCCGACAGAGUUGACAAGGACGACGAGGGAGAAGUUGACAGUGUUGAUGAUGAAGAGAGAGGGGGCAAAACGCUGGCUCAAAAUUUUGCCAAGUGGCAUGCGAACGGAGAAAGCGCUGACGACGUUUAUUACCAGAGGUUCAUGCUCGAGCCUAUCGUGCGGAAAGCAUACAAGAAUGGCAACUUCAAGUCCCUGAAUGACAAUGGGUACUACCGUAAAUGGGCGGCUUACUCGGCUUGGCUCAAGAGUAGAGGCUACAAGUAA